GUAUUUUUCCUUCUCGGUCGUGUGCACAGAAGGCUUGGUGAUACACAUCUGGCACUGCUGAACUUCAGCUGGGCCGCCGAGAUGGAUCCACGAGGUGAGCAGAGCCAAAGUAGUCUUUCAGAUGCGCCAUAUGAUGACGAUGCAACAACGGCAACGGUAGUGGAUGUAGUUUCGGCUGAAUAA